CGCGCGCACACCGGCUGCGCGGUCCCGCGCGGGGAAGGCAUCCAACGGCCGUGGCGCGGACAUGGAGUCGGACCCCACGUCCUCCAAGCCCAAGGCUGCGGUCGGCAGCGUCAGCCCGCCAGCGGAGCAAGCCGAUCCAGGCAUCCCGGGGGAGCUGGCGGCCGCGGUCGCCAAGGGCCUCGCGUCCCCGGUGCGCUCAGUGGUGGCCUCCCCGCGUCCUGUGAAGGGCAAGGCUGCGCGGCGACGGCUCCAGCUCCCGCCGGUCUCUCAGGCCGAGGCUGGCGACGAGGAGCCCCUGCUCGCGGAGCCCGAGGACCAGGAGGAGGCGCAGCCCCUGCCGCCGCUCUGCGCAUCCCCGAUGAGGGGCAUGUGGCGCAAUGAGAAGGUGGCUCUGUACUGCGACCAGGUGCUGCAGGGCUCCAAGGCAGAAGAUGCAGAUGAAGCCAUGAGUAAAUACCUGUCAGAGAAGCUGAGCCUGAAGGACAAAUGGCUAGGAGUCUGGAAGAGUAACCCCGACUUAUUCUUUGAGAAAUAUGAAGAGGCCUCCAUUCCUUUUGUUGGUAUACUAGUCGAGGUGACUUGUAAAUCACACCAGAACUUGGCCUCGUGUUUCAAAGUGACAGUCACUGUGGCCGAGCCCUUUUCUUCUAACAUUGCAAACAUCCCGAGGGACUUGGUGGAUGAGGUUCUGGAGGAACUGGAGUACAGUGCGCCUCUCCUGGAAGUGUAUCCAGUUGAAGGACAAGAUGCAGAUAUCCGUGACAUUGCUCUGGCCUUGGAAGUUGUAAGGUUUUUUUAUGAUUUUCUUUGGAGAGACUGGGAUGAUGAAGAGAUUUGUGAGAACUACACUGCCCUUAUUGAGGAAAGAAUUAAUCUGUGGUGUGAUAUUCAGGAUGGGACAAUCCCCGGCCCCAUUGCGCAGCGCUUCAAGAAAACGCUGGAGAAAUACAAAAACAAGCGUGUUGAGCUCAUCGAGUACCAGAGCAACAUUAAAGAAGACCCGUCUGCGGCCGAGGCUGUCGAGUGCUGGAAAAAAUAUUAUGAGAUAGUGAUGCUCUGCGGCUUGUUGAAAAUGUGGGAAGACUUACGCCUGCGAGUUCAUGGACCUUUCUUUCCAAGGAUUCUGAAACGGAGGAAAGGGAAGAGAGACUUUGGGAAGACUAUAACACACAUCGUAGCAAAGGUGAUGACGACUGACAUGGUGAAGAACCUGUCUUCGGACACACUUCUCCAGCAGCAUGAUGACUUGAAUCUGGCUUUGGACAAUUGCUACAGUGGAGAUAUUGUAGUUAUUUUCCCAGGGGAAUACCAAGCUGCCAAUCUCGCUUUGCUGACCGAUGACAUCACUAUACAGGGAGUUGGAAAGAGAGAAGAAAUUAUGAUUACUUCUGAACCUUCACAUGACAGUUUUGUGGUAUCCAAAGCAGAUAAUGUGAAAUUGAUGCAGCUCUCUUUGAUACAACAAGGGACAGUUGAUGGCAUUGUGGUGGUUGAGGCUGGUCACUUGACUCUGGAAAACUGCCUGUUGAAAUGUGAAGGCACAGGAGUGUGUGUUCUUACAGGGGCUUCAUUGACAAUCACAGGCAGUGAAAUCACUGGCGCCCAGGGUGCUGGGGUUGAACUGUAUCCUGGGAGCAUAGCCAUUUUGGAAGGGAAUGAGAUUCAUCACUGUAAUAAUCUCAGAACCAGUGACAGUUCCAGAAGCACCUUGGGUGGUGUUAACAUGAAGGUUCUUCCAGCACCCAAAUUGAAGAUGACUAACAAUCAUAUCUACAACAACAAUGGCUAUGGAGUGAGCAUUCUCCAGCCGUCGGAACAGUUCUUUAUUGUAGCGGAGGCGGCUCUCAACAAAGGGGCUGCUUCCGGGGAUAAGAAAGAUGACAAGAUGCUCUCCAAAGUCAUGCAAACGCUGAAUGUGGAAAUGAACAACAACAGGAUAGAGUCCAACUUGAAGGGGGAUAUUAGGAUAGUCACUGGCUGAAGCAUCUGCAUAGGUGUGCUCAUAGUUUAUAGUUCAGGAAUGUAAUAAAUUGAUUCUUUUGUCUUGUGGAAACUGUAGUUUAAAGUCAAAGAUUAAAAUAUUUAAAUGCU